AUGGACAAAAUCGGCAAAAAUAACAUCGUACACAAGCUUCAAAAGCGAAAGCUUUUGAUUGCUAUCAAUUGCUUAGCAGGGUUGUCCAUAUUCUUCUUUGGCUAUGACCAAGGAAUGAUGGCUGGUGUCAACAAUGCCCCUGAUUAUUAUCGUUUGAUGAACUUCGGUCACACAGACCCGGAAACUGGUGCCGUCGUGGUGGACAACUCGAUUCUCCAAGGCGGCAUAGUGGCUGUUUACUAUCUUGGAACCCUGGUGGGUGCCCUUGCGGGUGGCAGUUUUGCAGAUCGCUAUGGACGCAUCAAGACCAUUGCCCUGGGAUCAGCUUGGGCCAUAUUCGGAGCAACAUUGCAAUGUUCGGCCCAGAACCAUUCCUGGAUGAUAUGUGCUCGGUUGAUAAACGGCUUUGGAACUGGUCUCCUGAACUGUGUUGUCCCAGUUUAUGCAACAGAAACAGCGGAACACACCUCUCGAGGUCAAUUCGUCGCCAUAGAAUUCACGUUGAAUAUCUUCGGAGUGGUUGUUGCGUAUUGGCUCGAGUACGCCUGCACCUACUACGGCAAUGGCGAGUCCGAGUUCGUAUGGCGAUUUCCGAUCGCUUUUCAGAUCGCGCCAUUGAUCCUCUUGUUCUGCGUCUGCUGGCAGUUUCCUGAGUCACCUAGAUGGCUUACCAAGGUUGGUCGUGGUGACGAAGCUCGAUACAUUUUGGGGAGGCUCCGUGGAGAAGAAGACGGCAGGGCUGAGGAUGAGUACCAAGACAUCUGUGGAAUCGCUGAACUUGAGCGCGCGACGGCCAGUAGACAGCAUUACUACAAGAUGUUGUUCGGUAUCGAUUCCGGUAAAUUACAUACCGGUCGGAGAGUUCAACUUGUGGUCUGGCUACAGAUCGCCCAAGAAUGGAUCGGUAUAGCUGGAGUAACAAUCUACUCGCCCACCAUCUUCAGGAUUGCUGGGAUCGCAAACAAGGACUCUCAAUGGAUUGCUGGGCUCAACACAAUAACAUAUAUGCUAGCGACGUUGGUAUGUGUGUUCACUCUCGAUCGAAUUGGUCGGCGCUGGACCUUGUACUGGGGCUCGAUCGGACAGGCGGUCACCCUGUUUCUUGCGGGAGGACUCUCAAAUGUGGCCAAGCAGGGUGGAAACAAUGCCACACAAUCUGGUAACGCGGCUGUCGCAAUGGUAUUCUUGUUCACCAUGAUCUUUGGUGCGACCUGGUUGACGGUGCCGUGGCUCUAUCCCGCUGAGAUCUUUCCCCUGGAGAUAAGAGCUAAAGGAAACGCAUUCGGCGUAUUGGGUUGGUCAAUUGGGAACGGUUGGCUUACAUUGCUGUGUCCCGUCAUGUUCAACGCCAUUAGCGAGUAUACCCUAUUUAUUUUCGCAGCAUGCAAUGUCCUGACCAUACCGAUGGUAUGGGCGUUGUACCCGGAGUCGAACCAACGCACGCUGGAGGAGAUGAAUCUCCUGUUUGCAUCCGACAGCAUCUGGAACUGGGAGGCCGAAAGAAACUUUGCAAUCUUGAAGGAAGAGAACCCAGAGCUCGUUCGAGCAGCAAGUCGAGGACAAAGUAUUUCGGUCGAUCCCGAGAUGCAAGCGCGGCGCAGAAGCCAGGGCCUUCCAAGUUUGAGUGCAGGAGGCAGACGAGCAAGUGAGGCUGACACUGUAGUCGGCGAGAAAACCGCCGUUGACAAACCUUGA